AUGUCCGAGUUCAUCAAGGCCAUGCCUGCCGCCCAGGUGGCAGCAGGUCGUGCCGUCAACGACACCCGGGUCGUCGACACGUCCAUGCUCGGACGAGGGGACGGUCUAGGCGCCCUCUCGGCCGGCGCUGACCAUAAAGACGAGUGGGGCAGUGAGCCGUUUCACUUCCACAUCUACAGCCACAAGCACAACACGCACGUCACGGUGACGAAGCCGAACCGCGACGCCAUUGUGUCUCUGUCGUGCGGCAACCUCGGAUUCCGAAAGAGCAACAGGAAGCACUACGACUCGGCGUACCAGCUUGGGGCCUAUGUCAUUGACAAGCUGCAACAGCAGGGCUGGCACAACAAGAUCGGCUCGCUCGAGGUGGUUCUUAGAGGGUUCGGGGCUGGCAGAGAGGCGAUUACAAAGGUCAUUCUAGGAAAUGAGGGUCGGUUGCUCAGGAGCAAGAUCACCAAGGUGUCGGACUCGACGAGGUUGAAGUUUGGUGGUACGAGAAGCAAGAAGCCUAGACGUCUAGGUUAA